AUGUUCUCGCGAAGUGUACUACAGACGGCCACCCGAAGUGCUCGCCCGGCCUCGGCUCGAGUACCACAGGUGCUCGGUAAAGCUCCAUUCGGUCAGCGAUACAUUUCGGUCUAUGGCUACACACAGGCAAAGGCUCUCAUCUACUCCAAAUAUGGCGAGCCCAAAGAUGUCUUGCGCCUACACAAGCACUCAAUCUCUGCGCCGCACGCAACCCAAGUGAAUCUGCGCCUGUUGACCGCGCCGAUGAACCCCGCCGACGUGAACCAGAUCCAGGGUGUCUACCCCAGCAAACCUCCCUUUCAAACGGACCUCGGAAACGCGGAGCCCGCUGCAGUCGGCGGUAACGAGGGCGCAUUCGAGGUGCUGUCAACCGGUGCGGGCGUCAAGAACCUCAGCAAAGGCGACUGGGUCAUUAUGAAGCGCACAGGCCUGGGUACCUGGCGUACCCACGCGCAGCUGGACGAAUCCCAGUUGAUCAAGAUUGAGAACAAGGAGGGUCUGACCCCGCUUCAGGUUGGCACUGUUAGCGUGAACCCCGUCACUGCGUACCGUAUGCUCCGGGAUUUCUGUGAAUGGGAUUGGAUGCGUGCCGGUGAGGAAUGGGUGAUCCAGAACGGCGCCAACAGUGGUGUCGGGCGAGCAGCUAUUCAGCUGGGCCGCGAGUGGGGAAUCAAGACGCUCAAUGUCGUUCGGCAGCGCAAGACCCCCGAAGAGACCGAGGCUCUCAAGAAGGAGCUCCGGGAUCUGGGAGCUACCGUUGUUAUCACCGAGGAGGAGAUGCUUACUGGAAACUUUCGGGAUAUGGUCCACGAGGGGAAGAAUGCCACCGCUCUGGCAAAGACUUUGGCUCCUAAUUCGCACAUGGUGACCUACGGAGCCAUGUCGAAGCAGCCUGUUGCAUUGCCCUCGGGCUUGCUGAUCUUCAAGAACCUCGCGUUUGACGGGUUCUGGGUUAGCAGGUGGGGUGACAAGAACCCCGAGCUGAAGGAGAGCACCAUCAAGGAUGUGCUUCAAUUGACUCGCUCUGGCAAGUUCCACGAUAUUCCCGUGGAUGAGGUCAAGUGGAAUUGGGAGUCCGAGGGGCCGGAGUUGGCAGAGAGCGUGCAGGGCACUUUGGGCGGCUACCGUAGCGGGAAGGGUGUGUUCACCUUCAACGGUGGUGAUUAA